AUGGGUCUGUGCACUUCAAAGCGAUCGACGAGGGAACCUUUUGACCCCACCGGUUCAUCCUCAUCCUAUGCGUCCACCCGAGGGUUGAACACCACGAAACUGAAGAAUAAUGAACAAGGUGAAAACAAAGAUGACGACGGUGAUUUGGAUGUGUUUGAUGUGGAACAUUUGUUAUUAGGAAAUGUAUGGAGUAAGUCGCUUUUCUCAAGUCCAAUUGAGGAAAAUUUAAGAGCUGGAAAUUGGGAUGUUUUGGAUGCCGUUUGUGGGUCGGGCCAUUGGAUUCAUGCCAUGGCGAUGGAGUUUUCAUCAUCAAAAUUUACCGGCAUACAUGCAUCUCCCACAUGCAAGAAACUUCAACUUCCUCGCAACGCACAUAUAUUGCGGAUCGACGUUUUGGGCGGGGUGAACUAUGACGAUGAUUCGUUUGACUAUGUGCACAUGAGAGUUCUCUCCCCUAGAUUCACGGACGGUGAAUGGAAACAGAUCGUCUAUCAAAUGGUCAGGCUCACGAAAACCGGAGGAUACUGUGAGAUCGAGGUGGGAGAUUACGAGGGAUUCGAGAAUGAAGGUCCACUGAUGAAAAAGAUGAUCGAUGCUCGUCGCAAGUGCUUGGAGAUAAGCAUGAACGUGCUAGACGAAUUGGAAAAGAUAAUGAAAGACACCCAUCGGUUUUCAACGGUGCAAAAGCAAUCACGCACAAUUCCGAUAGGAAAGUCGACCGGGGAAUAUGGUGGAAUGGCGUCAAGACAUUUCGCAAGGUUGAUGAAUUCCCAGAGCAAGCAUAUAUCAUCAUAUCUAGGAGAGUCACUAGAGGUUUUUGAUGGAAACAUGUCGAAAAUAACGACUGAAUUGAAUCAAUACCAAUCCACCUGUCUCAGGAGU